UUAAGAAAAUCCCUACAGCACGUCAAAGCAAAAUGGAAAGAAAAUCAUGACUACGUAUAUGCCUGCGAACAACUGAAAUCAAUACGACAAGAUCUUACGGUACAAUGUAUUCGUGAUGCGUUUACUGUUACAGUAUAUGAAAAUCACGCAAGGAUUGCUUUAGAAAAGGGAGACCAUGAAGAGUUUAAUCAAUGUCAGACACAAUUAAUAUCCCUGUAUGCCGAUGCAAUUGAAGGAAGCGUAAUGGAAUUUACUGCCUAUAGAAUAAUCUAUUACUUGUUUACCAAAAAAUCUUUAGAUAUCCUUUUUUGUCAUAAUCAAAAAUAUUUCUUACACCAAUAA